AUGCGAGCAAUAGCCAGCACCCUGCUCCCACCAACCUUCGCGCGGGCAUCAAGCACACGUCUUCGCCCUGCACGGUUGAUGGCUACCUCGCGGGACACAAACGCGCCUCCUCAGGUUGUCUUCUCGGGAAUCCAGCCCACAGGCGUGCCUCAUAUCGGUAAUUACGUGGGUGCGCUGCAGAACUGGCUGCGUCUGCAGGCGCUGAAGCGGGAAGGAAAGACGGCGAUCGAGCUGUUCUACUCGAUCGUCGGCUUGCACGCCAUCACCCUCCCCCGCGACCCGGCCCGCCUGAGAAGGGAGCGAUUCGAGAUGAUGUGUGUGCUGCUGGCUAUCGGCCUCGACCCUGCGCAUUGCUGCUUGUUCAAUCAGGACCAGGUCCCAGCGCACAGCGAGAUGGCCUGGAUCCUGAACUGCAUCGCACCCGUUGGAAGGCUGAACCGGAUGACGACAUGGAAAUCCCAACUCGCAUCCUCCAAGAACGCCAAUUCGCUGGCAGAAGUCGACGACAGCAUGCUCCAUCUCGGCCUCCUGGCUUAUCCCGUCCUCCAGUCGGCCGACAUCUUGCUCUACAAAUCUACCCAGGUCCCGGUGGGCGAAGACCAGGUGCAACACCUCGAACUCACAAAGGUCCUCGCUAAAGCCCUCAACAAACAAACCAAGAACAAACUUCUCUUUCCGCUGCCUCAAGGAAUCUACACACGCCAAAGCAAGAUCCUCAACCUCCGCAACCCGACGAUGAAGAUGUCCAAGUCAAAUCCGAGCGAUCUGACGAAGAUCCUGAUCACAGAUACGCCGGAAGAGGUGCAGAGAAAGAUCAAGUCAGCGGUGACCGACUCGCUCGAAGGGGUCCGGUAUGACCCGGAGCAGCGGCCGGGGCUCAGCAACCUGCUGGACAUCUACCAGUCGAUCUCCGGCCAGGAGCUGGCGCAGGUCGAGCGCCGGUUCCAGGACAAGUCGGUCGUCGAUCUCAAGGCCGAGCUCGUCGACCUGCUCGUCGAGCACUUCAGACCCUUCAAUGCCCAGUUCGCCCGGCUCGUCAACGCCCGCCAGGAGGUCGAGAACAUCUAUCUCGCCGGCGCCCAAAAGGCCGCCGCCGUCGCUAACCUCACCUUGUCCCAGCUCAAAAAACACAUCGGCCUCGAUUGA